GCCGCCGCCGCCGCCGUCGCGAGUCCUCCAGCCCCGCCGCCGCCAUGGGCCGGGUCCGGCCGGGCGAGCGCGGGCCUCCCGGCCCCGGCCCCGGCCCCGGCCCCGCCGCUCCACCGCCCGCGCCCCGCCGCGCCCGCGCCCUGGCGCUGCUCGGGGCCCUGGUCGCCGCCGCCGCCGCCGUUGCCGCCGCCCGGGCCUAUGCCCGCCACGCCGAGGCCCAGGCGGCCGCGCGGCAGGAGUCAGCACUGAAGUCCCUGGGGACAGAAGGCCUCUUUCUCUUUUCCUCCUUGGACACAGACCGGGAUUUGUACAUCAGCCCGGAGGAGUUCAAGCCCAUUGCUGAGAAGCUGACAGGCUCAGCUCCUGCUGCCAGCUAUGAGGAGGAGCUGCCCCUUGACCCCAGCGAGGAGACGCUCACCAUAGAAGCCCGAUUCCAGCCUCUGAUCCCGGAGUCCAUGACCAAGAGCAAAGAUGGGUUCCUGGGGGUCUCCCGCCUGGCCCUGUCCGGCCUCCGCAACUGGACGACUGCGGCCUUGCCGAGUGCGGUGUUUGCUGCCCGACACUUCCGGCCUUUCCUUCCUCCUCGGGGCCAAGUGGAGCUGGGGGAGCCGUGGUGGAUCAUCCCCAGUGAGCUGAGCGUCUUCACCGGCUAUUUAUCCAACAACCGCUUCUACCCACCACCGCCCAAGGGCAAAGAGGCCCAGGCCUGCAGGUCCAGAGCGGAAACUCACCUAGGGGAUCAGGACCCAACAAGCCGGCACGGGUCUCCACUGCCCUCCCCUCAGGUCAUCAUCCACCGGCUCCUGAGCAUGUUCCACCCUCGGCCCUUCGUGAAAACCCGCUUUGCCCCUCAGGGGGCUGUCGCCUGCCUGACCGCCAUCAGCGACUUCUACUACACCGUCAUGUUCCGGAUCCAUGCCGAGUUCCAGCUCAGCGAGCCACCUGACUUCCCCUUCUGGUUCUCGCCGGGCCAGUUCACUGGCCACAUCAUCCUCUCCAAAGAUGCCACCCAUGUCCGAGACUUCCGGCUCUUCGUGCCCAACCACAGGUCUCUGAAUGUGGACAUGGAGUGGCUGUAUGGGGCCAGUGAGAACAGCAAUAUGGAGGUGGACAUUGGCUAUAUCCCCCAGAUGGAACUGGAGGCCGUGGGCCCGUCGGUGCCUUCUGUGAUCCUGGAUGAGGAGGGCAACAUGAUCGACAGCCGCCCGCCCUCAGGGGAGCCCCUCCAGUUUGUCUUUGAGGAGAUCAAGUGGCAGCAGGAGCUGAGCUGGGAGGAGGCUGCCCGGCGCCUAGAAGUGGCCAUGUACCCCUUCAAGAAGGUCGCCUAUCUGCCAUUCACCGAGGCCUUUGACCAAGCCAAGGCCAAGAACAAGCUGGUGCACUCAAUUCUGCUGUGGGGGGCCCUGGAUGACCAGUCCUGCUGAGGUUCGGGGCGGACUCUCCGGGAGACUGUCCUGGAAAGUUCGCCCAUCCUCGCCCUCCUUAAUGAGAGCUUCAUCAGCACUUGGUCCCUGGUGAGGGAGUUGGAAGACAUGCAGAACAACCAGGAGAACCCGUCCCACAAGAAGCUCGCAGACUUGCACCUGGAGAAGUAUAGCUUCCCCGUGGAGAUGAUGAUCUGCCUGCCCAAUGGCACUGUGGUCCACCACAUCAAUGCCAACUACUUCUUGGACAUCACCUCCAUGAAGCCUGAGGAUAUUGAGAACAACGUCUUCAGCUUCUCGUCCACCUUUGAAGACCCGUCCACGGCCACCUACAUGCAGUUCCUGAAGGAAGGCCUUCGGCGCGGCCUGCCCCUCCUCCAGCCCUAGUGUGGCCUCAGACCAUGAGAGGCCAGGCUGGACGGGGUGGGGGGGAGCUGAGGCGAAGGCCUCCAACACUGAAGACAGGCCCCUCGGGCUCAGAGCCAGCGGUCCUGGCACAUUUCAAACUUCGGGCACCCCCACCCCGCCACUCCCAGGCUGCCUGUGCGGUCGGCGGUCAGUGAAGGGUCAGACAAGGGGGUGCCUGGGGUGAUCGGACGGAUGAACCUCUGACUCCAGCUGCCACCAUUAGCCCUUUACCACCCACGUGGUUCCAGAAGCUGCUCAGGACACCAGAAACGGGACCUCAGGUCAUCUCCCUGGACCUCACCCACUCAGGCACGAAGCCCAGGUCCUUGUGGGGUGAAGAUCCGGGAGGCGUGGUGCCAGGAAGACAGGGCGCCCCUCUCUCCUUACAUUCACCGCCCCCCUCUCCCGAAAGAAACGUUAAGAAGGCCCGGACUGGGGGCUGGGGAGAGGUUGCCAGGGAAGCACUCUUGUUUGUCUGAAGCCUUCUUCCUGGCUGCCCUCCGAUGCCUGGUGUCCCCAGGGGAGUCAGUUUUAGCUGGAGACAGCCUUCUGGAGGCUCAGGGAAAAACCCUCCAGAAGAAGUCACUGUACCCCAGACCUCGGCUCUCCAGACCACUCAAUCCAACCUAAUGAUAAGACCCCAACACCUGAUUUGGGACUUGCUGGAAGCCAGCUGCUUGGGGAGGUUCACUGUGAAGUAGGCUUCUGCUCUUAGCAAGGGAGUCCACUGAGGAGUUUCCGAGGCCUAGGGCCAAGGCACCCCCACCUCCUACCCAGCAAGGGUCA